AUGUGCUCGGCCGGGGAGCUGCUUGGUGGCGGCGGCGGCGGCGGCAGCGGUGGGGAGCGCGACGAGGACGGGGACGCGCUGGCGGAGCGGCCGGUGGCGGGGACAGAGCCGGAGCCCGGAGCGAGCCCGCGCCGACGCGGGCAGCGUCCGCUGGAGGAGCGCGAGCAGGAUAUUGAAGAAUCACAAAGUCACACCGGCGAACCUGUUGGAGAUGACUACAAAAAGAUGGGAACACUUUUUGGUGAAUUGAACAAAAGCCUCAUCGAGAUGGGCUUCACAAGGAUGUAUUUUGGAGAACGAAUUGUGGAACCAGUAAUAGUCAUGUUCUUUUGGAUAAUGCUGUGGUUCCUUGGCUUACAAGCCCUUGGACUAGUUGCUGUUGUUUGCCUUGUCAUUAUUUAUGUGCAACAGUAAAAUAUGGCCAAAUAAGCUGUUGUUUCACAUUUGGUAGCUGUAUAUGUAUUGGUGAAGUUAUAUAUUUCACUACAUGAAAGCUGAAAAGUUUGCCUUGUUUCAAAUUAUGUGCUGUUUUGUAAUUAAAUUUAUAAGUGGAAAUUGUUUAAAACUAAACUCAACUCUUGAUUAUCACAGGGUUGAAUAUACAUUUGGUAGCUUAUUCAAAAGUCUUGUUUUAUUACUGUGAUCUGUGCCCACUUUUAAAAACCCCACCUUAUUCCCAUUGUCGAUCUUAACACACCAAAAAGUGAGCAGGGAAAAUAACAGGAUAUGGAAUUCAAACCAGGCAAUAUAGAUCUUGUAAAGAAUUCCAAUAAAACAUUUUAGAAGAAAAAGGAUGGAACAAGGAGCUAAAACAAAGUUUUAAUGGGAGAAUUGUCCCCACCCAUACCCACCAAAUAACCCCUUACCAUUUGGGAAAUAAUUUGGAUAUCUCUGUUCCUGCUCAGCCCAAACCAAUAUAAACGUAAUUACUAUACACUACCUUAAUAUUGUGAGGAAAAUCAGUAAAGCUAGGACAUUUUCUAAAGAUUGAAAAGGAUAUAUUUAUUAUGACUGAUGAAAGUUAAAUGUAACUUUUUUAUCAUGUAACAUUUGGGUCUGGAAUCACUUCAGUAUAUCAUUUGAAAUUUUAGACAAUUUUGGUGCUAAUUACCUUUUGUGAAUUUUUUAAGACUCUUAAGCCAUGCCCAUUGCUGGCUGCACCCCAUGGUAAUGUUAUGUUUUCUUGUAUCUAACAAGUUGUGUAUUUUUUUCCUAGAGAGACAUUUUCCAUGUAUUUUUUUCCAGAAAUUUACAUUUUAUAGUUCUUUUAUAACAAUUAUUCUAAGAUUUAAAAAAAUCUAUUUCCUAUCUUGGCAUGGCAUUCCCCCUCCCCCCAAAAAUUGAUUUGUAGUAUGGCUAAAAUAUUUUACUAUGUCUUUAAGGAAAAAAAAAAUCAGCUUGGUCUCUUUGAUAUCUGUAUUGGAAAUACAGUAUUACAGUAUAAAACCAAAUGCUUAAAUUUGAAAUUUAACAGCCAAUUUUAAUAAUAUUCCUCUAAGGCUAAAGCCACAUCAGUAACUGGCUGGUCAUGUUAUUAAUGUGUUUUAAUUCAGCACUUUGGGGUUUUAUAUUUGAACAAACAUUUCUUUAAAUACACUUUAAAAACAGAAAAUGGCUUAGUGAUAUUUUGGAUUUUGUUAAAGAACCUAAAAUUUGUACACUUGCAUCUCAGAGACCCUCUAUACAGACAAAGGUUGGGCACUAAAGAUAAUUAUCUAGAAAUUCAAGUUAAAUAAGAGGGAAAUGGGACAAUGGGGUAUUUUUAUCUUUGGCAGGGCAGUAACUAAAGUGUAUAAAGUGUUUAAUAUUCUGCUUUGUAAAGUUUUUACCCAAUCCUAUUUAAAAAAAUUAUUCUGUAAGUUAUCAAUGUCUUCCAUGCUGAAGCAGAAAACUGAUGAAAAGUGUUCAACUUUGAUUUCUAAAAUCAGAUAAUCCUGAACAAAAAUACCAAUCAGAGGGCACUAAAAAGUACUGUGGAUUUAUAUAAAUACAGACCUUUUAAAGUUUGACAAAGAAAAGACUUUGUAUUAUAUCAUUGUGUUUUUAUUGGGUUUGAAAUAUUUUUAUAGAAACCUAUAUGAAUUUGGCAUAAGGGCAAGUUAUUUGAAAAUGUGUCUUCAUUUGUGCACAGCAGAAUUGUGAGGUUUUUAAUAGAAGUCAUGAGAUUUUUGUAUGUCUGCAUUAAAUAUUAAAAAGGGCAUUCUUUUCUAACGCUACCAAGAAAUUUAAUUUUCCUUUGGAAUAUAAAAAAGAUACAGUAUGCACAAUAAUAGCUCUAAUUCCACCAGUGCUAAUAUUGAAAAAAAAUUGUAAAGUAAGUUUGAAUAGUAAUUAUUUAAAAUAUACGUCAAUACUAUGUAUCUGCACACUGCUGUUGGUAGGACAUAUAUUAAAUCACGUAAAGAGAUAUUUUGCUGCUAUUCUUACUGAAUUUUUUUAUUGAUUAGAGCAACAUACCAUCAAAUUGUUUGCUUUGAUAGGGAAAAAACAAUCUUUGCUUCUUUGAUGGAAAUAAUAUAUUUUCUUUUGUGAAAUGUAUUAGACUGUAGAUUAUACUUGUACCCUGAAAUGAAAAGGAACUGGUCAUUUCUUUUGUUCACGGUGUAAGGAAUUAAAUGGAAAAUGGUUCUCAAUCAUUUCAAUCUCAGAUACAAGCCAGUUUUAGACACCGUUAGUGAUUAUGGAUAAAGACAUGGAGGUUACAAUACUAAGGUUAUUAGAUUAUUAAUAUAUACAUCAUUUAUACCACAGCUCUCAAUGCAAAUGGAAAAGGUUAAAAUAUACAAAUAAACUGGCCAGAGAUGAAUAAGUCAAUUUUCCUUAAAGUGGAAACUCAGUGUCUUGUAGAAUUCAGUCCUCUCAUAUCUUAAGCUGUGAUAUGCAAGGUAUUUUCCCAUUCCGGGCCACCAGUCACAUCAUACUUGGUCCAGUAUUGUGCCAGCACCAGCUUGCACUGACCUGCAAAAACCAAUUGUAUACCUUUUUCCCCCCAGCCGACCUUCAGUGGCAUCAGUUGGUAGCCUGAAAUUGUCUAUGAGGGGAGUAGUCAGACUAUCAACAUUGGCAAACACAGCAAAUCAGGGCUCUGUUCGCCUGACAAGCCAGUUGUUAAAACAGUAGCAGCAUGCCACCUAUUAACCACCCUACAGGUCACAGCCCCAUUUCGACUUCUGUGGAUCGAAAAGGAAGCACAUUGAAGCAAAUCCCCAUCAACCCAUCCAAAACUGUAUUUGGAUCUUUUCCAUGUGGGAAUGAUGAAUUAUGGUUGUCUUCUGACCAACACGUCCCUACAUAAUCUCAUGUUUUGAUCAGACAAAAUCUCCCUGGGCUGUCACUGAGCUGCAUAUCCAUUGAUCCAGAUGAUCAGGAAAUAAACAGUUAGAGAACUGAUGGAAGGCAAAUUCCAGCCUAAGUAAAGACUUGUAAAGUAAGAAGGCUCAGAUGGUCAAACCUAGAUAUUGAGCAAUUAAGGGCUGUUUGUAUGGUUUGUAGAUUAUACUUAACAGUUAUUUUACAAAUGUUUACUGACUUCAGGUUAUUUUAAAUGUUUUUCUUGUCAAUAUAUGGCUUCAACAGGUCAAAGAAGAGAAAACAGUAAGACUUUCAUACCUGUUAAUGCUUCUAGUAAUAGACUUGACCAAGGAUGAUGUAAAAAGAACACAACCUACUUUCUCCCUACCCUACACAUUGCCUCAGACAAUGUGUCCACUCCACGUUUCAGUUACCAUUUCAUACUAACAACUCUGCAGUCCGUAUCUCCAGUUCAGAGCACCGUACAGAUUAUAAAAUCCAUACAUUCAGUUGCUUGCCCAACAUAAGUAUUUGCUUAUGCCUUAGUACCUCAGGUUCGGUAUAUCCAAAUCAAAAGGAACUCAGCAUCCUUCUCCCAAACUGUUUUUUUUUUCUUCCUAUGUUUCCAGUCUCAGCAAAUGACAGUUGUCUCCUACACUGCCCACUUAUAACCAAUCACCGUGUCCUAUCUUGCUUCCUAAAAAAUCUUUAAUCUUUAUACUUCUCUUGAUUCCCAGUAUCACUAACUUAGUUCAUACCCUAUCAUCUCCCUAGAUAGCUAUCAUGGAAUCCUACUUGGUCUCCCCUGCCUUCAUUCUUCCCUCUACAAUCAGAAUAAUCUUCCUAAAUCAUAACUCUGAUCUCCUGCGCCUAAAUCUUUUCAGUGGCUUCCUGUUGCCAUUAUGAAAAAGUGCUUGCUCCUUACUAUGUUUUACAAGGCUCCUCAAGAGCUGGUUCUUGUGUACUUAAUCUCUCUGCACUACGCCUGUCCCUUUUCAACACUCAGCUUUACCGAAUUUGUUUUUUCAGUUCCUUGUGAGAGACAUGCCUCCUCACUUCCAGAACUCUGCACAUGCUUUAACUUCUCUCUUUAGGCCCUCCCCACCAAACUAACCAACACAUCCACAGCUUUAAGACCUUUAGACAUAAGGUCCCCCAGGAAAAUUUCUCUGUUAAGUCCACUUCUGCUAUUUCAUGUGCUUUCAGAGAACCCUGCACUUACGCUAUCAGUACUUGUCAUGCUAUAUUGUAAUAGCUUAUUUGUCAGCUCCUUCCUUUUCUUAAAAAAGAUUUAUUCAUUUAUUUG